AAUAUUGCUGGUUACCAUGGUAGAAACAGAGAUAGGUAAAAAAAACUCUCUCGUCCUCUGGAACCCUAGGAACCUUGCCUUUCACUUUUCUCGUUCUCGUCCGGCUGCGCCGCGGCGCUGGCCCCUGUCUCUGGCGGCGCCGGCGCAUGAUAGAUGCGGGUGGACGGGAUAUCUGGUUUGUGAGAGUAUCUUUGGCUCGGAAGCUGCGGUCGGAGAGGGAUUUCAUUUGCCUCUCUUGGUGUACGGAGGCGGCUGCAUCUGGGGUUGGGAUCAGAUCGGAUUUGGAUCCCGUGGUGUCUUGCGGCGGUUGGAGGGGAGGUCAGGCUCGAUGGAUAGUAGGAUCGGAUCGAUGGGUUGACGGGUUGGUGGAGGGAAACGGAGCGGAGGCGGAUCUUUAUCGGAUCGGAGUGGGGAUUGCUGGGCGAAAUCACGACGGUGGAUUGGGUGUAGCAGAGCCAUUCCGGAUUGGUGGAUCGGGAUCGCUGGUUGGUGGUGGGUUGGAGGAGGGCGGUCGUGCUGGCCUGUUUACUGGAUUGGAUUUUCGAUCUGGAUUUGGGCCAUACUGGUUUGGGAGUUUGAUGGGGUGUGGGAUCCUUCGCUGUUGGUCCAUCAGCGGCGGGAUGGCGUUGGUGGUGAGGGUCCGACCUUGGGGGAACUGCGGCGGCGGUGGCUGUGGCGAGGUGCAGCUGCUAGCUUGGACCGGCGGUAGCUUAGGCUUCUUUAUCCUCUCUUCGUUUCAGCAAUUACACAAUGCCAUAAAAUUUUUCUCUUCCGUGUUCACCUCUCUUCAUUUCGGAAAUACCGUCUUCAUGACUGUGGUUUCAUCUCUCUCUCUGACUGCCUUCAUCUCGCCUCUCAUCGGUGUUCGAAAUCGAAGCCUCAAUCCUUGAUGGCUGGCUGCUAGGCAAUUUGAUUCAGGGUUGAUUUGGGAAAAUGGGAACCAAAUCGAGCUGUUUUCUUCCAGUAGCUUCAAUUUCUUCUUCCUCUUCCUCUCUUUGUUCACUCAAUUCAAACAUGCCCGACUCUCCCAGAAGUGGAGGAUAUAUGGGAAUUGGAGAUGUGAUCUCAAUUGAAGCUGCUGAGAGAAGUGGAGGAUAUUAUGAAUGGGUGGACAUCUACUGGAAUUUAGACUCAUGAACUCUCUGUGUGGUUCAAUUUUGGUGCUGACAUUUAUUAACUACUUCAAAUGUUGUAUAUGCAGUUCAUUCUGAA